AUGCGCCCGCUGUAUUGUAUCGACAGUCCAACGAUGUGAGUAAUGCAAACAAUGAAUGAUGAAUGUUCCCGCCCGUUAUUUUUUAGUAUUACUAUGAUGAUCCCGAGUCGGAAUCGAGUGAAGAAGAGAUCGGUCCGAGGCAGGCGCCCCCAGGACCACCAGGUCCCGCAGGUCCAAAAGGUUUGCUAAGAUUGUGCGGUUCAAUAUACAUUUGACGACUUUUAGGAAAAAAAGGCAAUGAUGGACAGAAAGGAGCAAAAGGACAUAAAGGACAGCCUGGAUUGGACGGUCCCAAAGGAGAGACCGGAUACAGUCCCGUUGGAGAAAAAGGAGUGA